CCCGGCGGCUGCGCUCCUUCUCCCGCCGCCAGCCACCCUCCCGCCCCGCUCCCGCGGCCGAGAGCGGGAGAAAGUCCUGCCGGUGGGCGGCCGCGGGGCUGCGAGCGUCCGGCAUCCCGGGGCCGCUCCGGCCCGGGCGGCGAGGGGGCCCGGCGGUCCAUGCAUCCGCCGCCGCCCGCCGCUGCCGCGAUGGAUUUCAGUCAGAACAGCCUGUUCGGCUACAUGGAGGACCUGCAGGAGCUCACCAUCAUCGAGAGGCCGGUCCGCCGGAGCCUCAAGACACCAGAAGAAAUAGAAAGACUGACAGUUGAUGAAGACCUCAGUGAUAUUGAAAGGGCUGUUUAUCUGCUCAGGUAUUGCUCGAAGUCUUUCUGUGAAUUUGUUGCUCGUUCCCUGUGGCACAGCAUGGAUGAACGCGUUGUGAAAUGUCGUUCCGGUUAUGUUCAGAUUUACCCAACCGCUUGA